ACACGUCUCUCUCGUCUUCACCCUCCUGUAUUUCCUCUUUGGUCCACUAAAUAAAUAUUAAAUCCGAAUGGCAGAAACGUAAAUAAAUCAUAAUAGAGUGUCCUUUUAUCAAAAAGCAGAGAGAGGCUUCAAGUUUUAAACUCGCAGCUAGCUGCAGCCAUUCAUCCUUGAGCUGAAUUCAUUUCAUUUGGAAAAUAGAAAAAAAAGAAAAACAACAACAACACAUUUCCGAAUUGAGGUCUGAGCAAUGGCGAAGUCGUGUUCCUUAGCUAUGAUGUUGAUCUCCGCCGCCACCGUAUUGGUGGCGAUGAGUCGGUGGCCGACAGCCGUGGGCGGUGGCAGGGACCACCACUUGGGAAUGGGAUGGGCUUCCACGUGCAAAGGAUCCAUUGCUGAGUGCCUGGGAGGGGAAGAGUACGAAUUGGACUCGGAGAUCAACCGGCGCAUCUUAGCCACCAACAAGUACAUCAGCUACGGUGCGCUGCAGAGGAACACUGUCCCCUGCUCUCGCCGCGGCGCUUCCUACUACAAUUGCAGACCCGGGGCCCAGGCCAACCCUUACAGCCGCGGUUGCAGCGCCAUUACGAGGUGCAGAAGCUGAAUUUUUUAAUUUAAUUUAUUUUUUUUCGGAUGUGAAUUGGAAUGUGUUUUGUUGUUGUUGUUAUAUAAAUUUGUUACUAUUAUUAUUCACGAACAUUUGUGGUAAUCCAUUUCGGGUUGCUGUUGUUUCUUUGGAUUUGAAUGUUUCUGUAACAAGAAGAAAAAAAAAGUGUUUUUUUUUCGCUUCCCUUUUUACUACUA